AUGUCCAAGAAGUCCCCCGAAGAGUUCCUCAACUACGUUGAGGAGGAGACCACCAGCGAGAGCGAGAGCGACCCAGAGAUGGAUAUGCUGACCCAGAUGUUGGCAACGCAGGACUUCUUCAGCACAGUGGCAGGGAGUUCCACUGACGACUUGAAGACUGUGCUUGGUCAGAUUACCCAGAAGUGUGAGUUCUACAAGGAGAAGAUGAAGGUGGUUGAUAAGACCAUCAAAGAGCGUGCCCUUGCCGAUUCCAAGAUGCUCACCGCUGAGAGGGCAAAAGCAAAGAAGAUGCAGGACAAGAAGGACAAGAAAGACUUGCGCGAGACCGUUGUGAGUCUCAGAAUCACGUACGGUGACCACACCAUCAACCUCAGCGUUCCCUUGGGUUACACUGUUGGGAUGCUUCGCGAUGCCAUCGGUCAGGCGUUCAACUUGACGAAGAAGAAGACCCGAAAGUUGCACUUGCAGUUCGGUGCCACGACUAUGAGUACCCGUCCCCGCAAGACCUUGGCAACCUUUCACAUCCACGAGAAUGCCAACAUCAUUGUGAGUGACCCACAGGACAACAACGAUGAUGAUGAUGAGGGAGAGCAGUGA